ACUAAGUAGAGAGAUACCAAAGGGUCCACGAAAGACCCGUGCUCAGCUUUGAUUCUCUCGAUCUCUUCGGUUUCAUUUAUUUUUUUAUAAUCAUUUUUUCUUGUGCGACUUGGAUCAGUCUCAUCUAUCUGAAAGAAUGAAGCGUGAGUAUUUGGAUUACAUAUUGGUACCAUUAGGGAUGGGUUUGAUGAUAUGCUAUCAUCUGUGGCUUCUCCACCGUAUCAUUCAUCGCCCAUCUUCCACUGUCGUUGGCCUCAACGCCUUCAAUCGCCGCCUCUGGGUCCAAGCCAUGAUGGAGGACGCAUCUAAAAAUGGUGUUCUAGCGGUUCAAACGCUAAGGAACAACAUAAUGGCGUCAACACUAUUAGCAUCAACCGCAAUAAUGCUGUGUUCACUAAUCGCGGUACUAAUGACUAGCGGUACAGGAGAACGAUCGGUAUGGUUUGUGUUUGGAGACAAAAGCGACCAAGCUUUCUCCAUCAAGUUUUUCGCAAUCCUUGUUUGCUUCUUAGUCGCGUUUCUUCUAAACGUCCAAUCAAUCCGUUAUUACAGCCAUGCAAGCAUCCUCAUCAAUGUCCCUUUUAAACAGCUCAUGGCUGUUUCUUCGGGUGGUCAUAGUCUUAUGAUAAACCAAGACUAUGUGGCUGCAACAGUUAACCGUGGGAGCUACUUCUGGUCGUUAGGACUAAGAGCGUUCUACUUCUCAUCGCCUUUGUUCCUAUGGAUCUUUGGUCCCAUCCCGAUGUUCAUUACUUGUUGCGUUCUUGUGUCGUUGUUGUACUUUCUUGAUUUAACAUUUGACUCGAUGGCUUGUAGCGUUGAGGUUGCAGAUGUGGAGGAUACUGAGAUUAGAAGCUUAGCUGAAAAUGUGUAGUAAGUGGUUGAGAGAUUGAAGAGAGUUUUGUUUACUAGAACAUACUGAUAUCUUAAGACUUAAUGAGUUGUAUAUCGAUUCAGGUUCAAUGGUUGUUGAACCAUGUUGGUUAUUGAAUAAAAUUUUGUCAUU